AGGAAAAACGAAAAAAAAAAUCUAUCGCGGGCUGACGGGAACGCGUCUUGUUUGCGAAGGAAAAUAAUUUCGUUGCAAUUUUCCGGUGGAAAAUCGGUGCAAAACGGCUUGAAAAGUGUCCAACUGUGUGGUUGAAGCUGCGUAUUUUGCGAAUAUCGUGUUGGAUUUUUGGUGAAAUGCGGGGAUUGUGUGAAAAAAGCUGCAUAAAAAUUUCGAUUGACAGCAGCAUCGUUUGUUGAUAAAAUUUAUGGCACGUACAGAGGCUCUGCUAAUUGCAUGUGCGGUGGGAGAAAACAAUAAUCGACGGCGAACGAAGAAUGAUUGCAGAGUGGAAAAAAGAUGAAAUUGAGCGCCAAUAUUGAACUGUGCGUCUGAAGGGGUUAAGGGGAAACUGUGUUAAGGGGAUGCUUCCGGAAGGGCGACAGGCGUUUGACAGAUCAUUGCGAAGAAAGUGAAAAUGGCUCGCGGAAAGCGAGAGUAGGAAGUUUUGCUGGAGGAAAUUGCAUCAGAUUCGUGAGGCAUAAAUCAACAUCUGUUACGAAGAGAAGAAGCUAACGAUGGCUGGAUACAAGUGUGUGAAUUUUGGGGAUUUGUGCCGCCUGUGUGCCAGCAGUAAUGGAGGACGAAUCGGGAUCUUUUCGGAUGAAGGGAAACGGAAGAACAUACACGUCAAAAUCACCGAUUGCCUCAAAAUAAAGGUUUACGAAAAGGAUCGCCUUCCGAAAAGCGUUUGUGCGAAAUGUCUGAAGCAACUGGAAGCGCAUGUCGAAUUCCGGGAGUCGGUUGUGAAGGCCCAGGGAAUGUUGGAAAGUUGUCUAAACUCCACCAAGCUGCGGAACGGCGGUAUGGUCUAUAUCAAGGAUGAUUCAGUAAAAGACGAUCAAUCGAGCACUCAGACGACCAGCAGUACUUCGAAUCCAGUUGCAGCCACCAUCACCCUUCCGACCAUUCAAACUCAGCCACCUCCCCAAGCCGCUCCUCAAGUAAAGCUGCUUCCGACAAUUCCGGCCAGCAGUUCCGCCUUACAGCAGCAAACGGCCACCAUUACGACCGCUCCGGCCAUGACUCCCAUCAUCAUCAAUAGCCUACCUAAAGGUUUCGCCCAGGCAGCGAGUACUGGGAACGCAGGUGCCAUCCAGACGGCCACAAUCAUGGCACCCAAUGCGGAUUUCCUCAACAGUAUCAUGCAAGCCGUGGGCAUCCAGACGGGGGAGACUUCGGUGGCCGCAGCGGCCGUUGCUGCCGCAGCAUCCACCCAGGAGAGCCAUCAGCAAGCAACGGGACAAAAUCAGCAGCAACAACCACUGGCUCAGUACACCAUAACGGUGGAUGGGCAGACCAUCAAGGCCAAUCAGAUCCACUACAAGCUUCAGGAUGGGACGAGUCAAGCUGUGCUGACGGCGGCUGCUUCCGUGGGCGAUGGUGAUCAACAGCAGCAACAGCAACAAGGCACCUCCUCGUACCAACAAAUGGACGAGUUUCUCAGGAUGAAGACACCGGUGAAGGUGAUAAACCGGAAGGAGCUGGAAAAGACGCCGGAGCUGGUCUCAGCGAAGAAGCCCAAAAUCAGUGUCUUGAUUAAAUCGCCUACAACUCCGCAGGCUACGCUGGUAACGUCCACACCUCCCAAGCAAACCAUUCUGGCGGCAACAACUCCGAUGGCCACUGUAUCAAGCAGCCCUAUCACCUUAACGCCCGUGUCGUCCCAUACCAGUAUAGCUAGCUUUUCGUCCGCUCCGACAGGGACGAUAUUCACGAGUUCUCCGCUUAUUGCCAGCUCUGCUGGAUCAACGGCUGUGAAAUCCACUACCGCCAUACCGGUGCUGGAUGCCAAAAUGAUGCAAGGCAACAAAUGUGUUGUCCCAAUUAUGUUAAAGUCCGAAGGCGGCGGAGAGCAGAUUGCCCUGGCUCCGAUUGCGAACGUUGGAGAGAUGAAUAAAACCAUGGUUCCAAAUGUUCAAUACGUACAGAUGAAGCUACAACCUGGUCCGGAUGGAAUGUUCCGACUGGCCCCAGCUCAGAUGCCACCUGCUCUCACGUUGACCCCUCAAGGCCUCCAACAGUUCGGCAUCAGUCCGAUGGAAACGAUCCAAAUUCAACCCCCUCAGCAGCACCAGCAAAUACAAAUUCAACCCCAGCAAAUCCAAGCCCAGCUUUCCAUGCCAAGCGUGCAAGUUCCUCUGUCCAAUUAUCUCAGUCUAGUCGAAAAGUCAUCCCAGGUUCAGAACCAGUCCGCAACGGAAGUGCAGCCCCAGCAAGCAAACAUAGUCAUCACCACUCAACCUGUUCAGCAGCAACCCCAGCAACAGACCCCAGUUCAACAAACCCAACAGCUACAAGUUGUCCAAAGACCCCCGAUACAGGUUCAACAACCAGCCCAGCAACCUCCUCCGAAACCUCCCAAACCAAACCCUCCUCAGCCACCCCCAGCACCACCUCCCUCCACAACCACCCGCAGAGAUUCCUCCUCCCAAGACCAGCUCAACAGCUCAUCGGAGUCGAUGUCCAACGUGACCAACGCGUCCAUUGCGGCCACCCAACAGAUGAAGGCCAUCUCCGCUCUGUCCCUGCUCAAGCAGGAUACCCACCCAGAUUCACUGUCAGGUACCAGCACCCAAGGAACCAAUGCCAACGUCUCCUCCACCGUGAGCUUCACUUCCUGUGAUGUUUGCUCCAAGUCGUUCAAGCGGAAGGAACACCUGAUGCAGCACCUCAAGUCGCACGUCGGUCUGCGGCCGUUCAAGUGCGACGAGGCGGGUUGCAGCAAAUCGUUCAGCCGCAAGGAGCACCUCAUGAGGCACAUCGUGUCCCACACCGGGAAGAAGCUGUUCGCGUGCCCAAUCUGUCGGAAGUACUUCUCGCGGAAGGACAACCUCAAGAAGCACAAGAAGACCCAUCAGGAGAAUAGCAGCUCGGCUCCGUAUCACUGUACGAUCUGUAGCAAGCACUUCUACAUUAAGGGGCACUUCUUGAAGCACAAGCAAAUGCAUGACAUAGCGAGCGAGGCACAGAAGCCUGAGAAACGAUCUCCCCCCGUAAAGGUGAAAACAGAGGCUCCGGCACAAACUCAGCAGUUACCAACAGUCCAACAAUCGCAACAGCAGCAACAGCCAAUGCAACAACAACAGCAGCACCAAAUCCAACAAGUACAACUACCCACCCAACAACAGCCGCAGCAAGCCCAACCUCAACCCCAAAUGCCUCCGGUGUCGCUUCAGUCCCAGCAGAUCUUCACCAUUCCGGCAGCCCAGCUCCAGAACGCUCUCUCCGGCAAGGGUCCCAUCAUUCAGCAGCUGCAGAUUGCGAUGCCCACCAGCAUGGCCACGGCCACCAGUCACAGCACCCUACAAACCGUGUCGGCCUCGGCCCUAGCAGGACUAGGCGUCGGAGGGGCCACCGUAACCGGCGGUGCCAACAGCGGAGGAACCAAAACGGCCAUAAUCAAAUCGGCAGACGGAAGUUCGGCCACCGUGUACACUCUGCCGUCGAACUUCAUCAUCGAUGGGACGCAAUUUCUGGGCGCCAUUCAGCAGCAGCAGCAGCAGUCCAGGGAACUGAUGGGAAGCAUCGGGAACAUAAAGAUCGAACAGAUUACCUAGGGGCGGAGGGUGAUGUGGGUGAAUCAGCAUUCCAGUUAGAGCAUGAUGUUAAUUGUACAGGAAGAUUGAUGAGUUCUGUUGUCAAGAUUUUAUUUGUUCCAGUGCACGUUGCCAUAAAUUAUUGAUUUCUUUGAGGUUUUUUUAGGAAUAUUGUAACACAGGAAUAAUUAAUGUAUCUAUGUAAGAAUCAUCCUAGUUGUUUUAAGUGUUUUAUAUGUUUUUGCAUCUCAAUUUAUGACCAAUGACUCUCUUUUAAUAUAUCUAGAAUUGUAUACUUAUGAGUCUAGGACAUAUGAAUUCAAGUCAGUUGUUUCACAGCAAACGAUAUCCAGUUUCUACGGUAUAGUAUUGUAGAUAGUCUUAGAUAACUUAUUGCAAACAUCAACUUAUGUUCGAUUUUUCUCAUCCACACAAUUAUUGAAAAUUGACUGCUUCAUGGCCAUUGUAAGAUUUAAUAUCUUUUCUUUACGAUUUCGUUGUAUUUGAAUUGUUGUUCAAAACGAGUCCGCUGCAUGGUCAAAGAUUAACAAAGGCAAAAACUAUAUUAUUAUUACCAAAAUGCGAGAGAUCAACAAAUGAAUGAGUCUAGGUUCGCCUUUCUUAAGAAUAAAGAAAACCACUUUGACAUUCAUCCGUGGCCAGUAGUUUGUGCUAUAGUAUAGUAGUAACUUUGCUUGUACAUAAUGCCAUAUGUUUCGUCAUUUGAGAAUAAGCCACUGAAGUUUAAGUAACUGUGUAACAUAGGAUUUCCUUAACAAUCGAUGUCGGAGCUAGUUGAUAAGUGUACAAAUCCCACGAAACGGUGGAUUAAAAUAUAUCACCCAGUGUCAAAGCAGAAA